AUGUCACGAGCGCGAAGAUUAGCGGGAUUGCCACCACCUAAUGAUGAUUCGAUAAUAAUAAAAUCAAACAAUAAGCGCUCAUCAAUUUCACCUUCAUCAAAAUCGAUACAACCUAUUAAAAAGAUAAUUGUACCGAAAAAUCUAAAAUCUUCAAGAAAAUUAUCUAGGUUUGAGUCUAGAAUACAACCUACAUCAAACGUUGCAUUGAACAAGAAAUCACAGCAAGGGAUAAAAGAGAUGGAUUUCGAUAAAGGGGGUGAAGGUGGCGUAAAAUUUAGUGAUGAUAAGUCAGAUAUGGACAAUUCGAUGAACGUUGAUGAUGUAAAAAAAGAAUCGAAUACAAUUGAACAAUCAACUUCAACAUCAACCUUACCAAAAGUGAAAUCACAAAAGCAAAUUUUCCAAAUUCCAAUUAAAUCGGCAAGCAUUGAAACUAGACUACCAAAAUUUCACAAGGAACGGUUUGAACAACCGGAAAAUCCAUAUUUAUUAAAGGUUGUAGUCUUGGGAACUCCAAAUUCGGGAAAAUCUACAAUGUUAAAUGCAUUAUUUGGUGAAACAAUGUCAGUAGUUUCGAAUAAAGCGCAUACAACGAGAGAAAGAAUUUCUGUAGUAUUUACCGAAGAGAAUAAGCAAUUAGUAUUUAUCGAUACACCUGGAAUUGUGCCAGGACAUAAUCGUCCAAAAUUGAACCGCGGGUUGAUUAAUGCAUCAUGGCAUUCAAUACAUGAAGCUGAUCAUGUGUUGGUAAUAAUCGACGCAUUCAGAGCGUUAUAUCGUACUACUUACGCAGAAAGUUGGUUAUUGGAUAGGUUAUUAAAAGAAUAUAAAUUACCAGGAACGUUGGUAUUGAAUAAGAUUGAUUUGUUAUCCAAUGAAAAGGAAUCGAUACCAUAUAUUUAUAAAAAAUUCACGUCACAAUAUCCUUAUUUUAAAGAUAAAACGAGCAUAAGUGCGUUGAAACGAACAGGAAUAACAAAUUUGAAGGAAAUAUUAUUAUCCAACGCGCACCCUCAUGAUUGGAUUUGUCCACCAGAACAAAGGAUUGAUAUGGCAGAUAUGAAACGCGUUGAAGAUUUCAUUAGAGCAGAAAUUUUUGAAAGAUUACGUGAUAAUUUACCUUAUGCUGUGAGACAGGAAAAUGUUGGAUGGACCGAUUUACCCAAUAAUAUAUUAAGGAUAGAUCAAAAUAUUUAUACCGACUAUCCGUCUCAACAGAAAAUAUUAAUAGGGGCAAAUGGUACAGUAAUAAAAACUAUUGGAGUAAGAGCUGCAACAAAAUUAUCGGCGGUAUUUGGUAAGACUGUUAGGUUGUACUUGACAGUUAAAUCCAAGAAGUUGGAAAAGAAUAAAACGAGAUAUUAA